CAAGAUGGCGGACCGACCCGUUCCAGUAAAAGAUAUGAGGCUGCUGGAUGAAAAAGUGGGGCAGUUGCCAGCCUGGUUAGCAACUCGAGAUUACACCCCAGCUGGGUUUGUUAUGGGUGUCCGAGGAGGCUAUGACAGAUUUGUCAAAAAGUACAUUGAUAUGAGGAAACCAGGCAUUGGUGGCCUGGCCAUGAUGCUAACUGCCUAUGUGGUUUUGAGCUACGUCUGGAUCUUCGACCAUAUAAAGCAUGGUCGCUGGAGGAAGUAUCACUGAAGCUUGAUGGACCAGAAGAAUACAAGCUGCCAUGCUGUGACUCGUGAGUUUGCUUCAACUGAAUGCAGAU